AUGUCCCCAAUAUCGUUAAGGGUGACUUCUUUAUCUGACUCUUGUACAAAGCUCACAUCAUCUGAGUCAGUUAAGCUCAAAUCUAGGUCGCUUUCGCUAGAUGUGUCAUCUUUUUUAUGCAACUUCCUUUGUUUUGCUGCUGGUACAACAAUCUCUUCACUUACAAUUUUUUUCUUUACAAGCGGCUGCCUCUCAAGGUUGGACAUUCGACUUUGUUUUAAUUGUUGUUCUUCUUCUAGUUUUUGCAGAAUAGGGGUGCUUGUUAAAAUUUCGGUUUUCUUUUUUUUCGAAUGUUUUUUAAGCGGAGCUGCGGGGAGAGCUGUGGGAAGUGGCUUCACAUUAUAUGGACUAACAAAUUUCUUUUCCGGAGUCCUAUUUUCCUUGAUUUGGGAUAUUGAUGGUCUAUUGUUGUCUUCUAGAACAGCCAUUGGAGGGACUUCAGCUUGUUGCUCUACAUGUAAAUCUGUUACAGAUGCUGCCAUGAAAUCUUGCUCAUUAAAUAUGUUAUUAUUAAAUGGAUAUAUUCCGGUUGCCCUAAAUCCUGAUAUGCAAUUUUUUGGUGUAAAAGCUAAUGGGUAA